GCGUCUGGGACCACAUCGAGGUGUCCGACGAUGAGGACGAGACUCACCCCAACAUCGACACGGCCAGUCUGUUCCGGUGGCGCCACCAGCUAAUACAAAUUGAUACUGCAGAGGAGAGGAACGUUCAUUCUCCUACAGAGUCGCCGCUGCGGCUCUUGGGUUAACACUAAUUUCCUGCAUCGCAUGCUAUGCCAAGCAUAACUGGAGUCUCUGCAGAUGUGCCAAGCCCUCGGGAAACUCUAACUACUAGGUGGCCCGAGUGGAGAGGAUGGAGCAGUUCCAGAAGGAGAAAGAAGAGCUGGAUAAAGGGUGCAGAGAAUGCAAACGGAAACUAGCCGAGUGCCAGAAGAAAGUAAAGGAGCUUGAGGUGGCAGAUGCGGAGAGUGGGAAAGGGGAGCUGCAGAGACUUCAGGUCGAAGUGCAGCAGCUGAGAAAAGAAGAGAAGAGCUGGGAAAAGAAGAUCGAGGAGCUGAGGAGGAAGGAGAAGAACAUGCCCUGGAACGUGGACACCCUGAGCAAAGACGGCUUCAGCAAGAGCGUUUUCAACGUCAAACCUGAAGAGGAGGACGAAUCGGAGGAACAAAAAGAGAAGAAACACAAGUCGUUUGUGGAGAAGUACAAGAAACAGAUCAAACACUUUGGGAUGCUGCGGCGCUGGGACGACAGCCAGAAGUAUCUCUCUGAUAACCCGGAUCUGGUGUGUGAAGAGACUGCCAAUUACCUGGUCAUCUGGUGCAUUGAUCUGGAAGUGGAAGAGAAACACGCCCUGAUGGAGCAGGUCGCCCACCAGACCAUCGUGAUGCAAUUCAUCCUAGAGCUGGCCAAGAGCCUGAAGGUGGACCCCAGAGCUUGUUUCAGACAGUUCUUCACCAAAAUCAAGACGGCCGAUCAGCAGUACAUGGAGGGGUUCACUGAGGAGCUGGAGGCCUUCAAGGAGCGGGUGAGAGGCCGUGCCAAGGUGCGCCUCGAGAAAGCCAUGAAAGAGUAUGAAGAGGAGGAGCGGCAGAAACGGCUGGGCCCGGGCGGGCUGGAUCCCGUGGAGGUGUACGAAUCCCUCCCGGCUGAGCUGCAAAAGUGUUUCGAUUCAAAAGACGUUCAGAUGCUGCAGGAUGCAAUCAGCAAAAUGGAGCCUGCUGAAGCGAAGUACCACAUGCAGCGCUGCAUCGAUUCUGGGCUCUGGGUGCCGAAUGCCAAGACGGCAGAGGGAGCGGAGAAGGGAGGUGAGGAGACAGAGGCUGUCUAUGAGGAGGUCAAGAAGGAGAGCAGCGAGGAGGAGAAAGGAAACCCAUGAACUACUGCUGGAAAUGUGUAAAGCAGACUGUCCCCUCACCUCCCCCCACUGCCACCAUCCUACCCCCUCUCGUCUUCCUCUCUCACCAAAUUAUCCCUCAGGAUGACACAUGCUUUACGCACGUAGACACUUUGUGAAUGUCUGAGCUGCUUGCUGGCUCUUUGUAUCCAACGCCAACCCCAGGGCUGCCCUUGGGGAGCAGCCGGAAGUCCCUGUGUUAGCAGAGGGGAAGUCCAGUCGGUUACCCCAGGGAGACGGGAGCUCAAAGGACUUGGCAUAUGGCAGUUUAGGUUCUAGGUCUCACUCUGGUGAUGCCAGGCAACGUACUAGUUACAAGUGUGCCAUUGUAUCUCUUCUGUUGGUGCCCAGUAAGGCUGUUACCUGAAUAAAGAGAUUGAAGUA